GGCUUUCGACUAGUCUUUAUUUAGUUUCCAAACGAGAAGCAGGUCUCCAAGCGUUAUAACCUCUCUUCUCAGAAUGCAGCCUGUUAAGAUUCUGCUUUUGCUUUCUCUCUAUCUCGGGACGUAUGUUUCCGCGCAAAAUUUGAAUCUUCUUCUUCUGCAUACAAAUGAUAUGCAUAGUAAAUUCGAAGAAAUUACCCCUUUAGCUACCACUUGCAGUCAGUUGGAAAGAAAUAAGACUUGCGUUGGGGGUUUUGCUAGAUUGGCGCACGAAAUAAGAAGAUAUAGAAAAUGGGGUGAUUUGAAUGGAAGAAAAGUGGUGUUUUUAAAUGCUGGUGAUAUAUUCGUGGGCUCCGAUUGGUACAGUGUUCACAAAUGGAAGAUUUGCGUUGAGUUUUUGAAUAUACUCAAACCCGACGUUAUAACGCUUGGAAACCACGAAUUCGACGAUGGUCUAGAAGUUUUAAGGCAGUUCUCGAAGUCCAUACAAUGCCCUAUAGUGUCUGCCAAUUUCAACACAUCAUUUGUGGAACCAGUAAGGAAAUCUACCAUCCUAGAAGUUAACGGAAGAAAAAUUGGCGUGAUCGGUUACAUAACACCGGAGACUGCUUACCUUUCCGAUACGGAAGAACUCAACAUCUCGGACGAAGUGGAAGCUGUAAGAUCGGAAUCGAAAAAGCUCGAUAAGGAAGGAGUAAAAAUCAUCAUCGGUUUAGGCCAUUCCGGAUUCGACACCGAUCGAAGAUUGGCAGAACAAGUACCUCUUUUGGACCUCGUAAUCGGCGGCCACAGCAACACCUUCCUCUGGAACGGACCCAAAGAGCACGAAGAAGACGUGCAAGGUCCUUACCCCACAGUGAUUACUCAAAAAAGCGGUAAAAAAGUACCCGUAGUCCAGGCGUACGCUUACACCCUGUAUUUGGGCAGAUUGAACGUGACUUUCGAUGAAAACGGUGAUCUGGUUGAGUUCGAGGGACAGCCCGAGUACCUCUCUGCCGAUAUUCCUCAGGAUGAAGAUGUUCUGAAGUUGCUGGAAAGUUUCAGACCCGAAGUGGACGCAACUAACCGAGAAAUUGUCGGAAAAUCUAGUGUUUUCCUGGACGGCAUGUGCAGAACUCGCGAAUGCAACUUCGGAAACCUCAUCACCGACGCUAUGGUCUACUACUCGGCCUACAAAAACAGGAUGGACGAGAAAACGUGGACUAUUGCACCUAUUGCCCUCUAUAAUUCUGGGAAUCUGAGAAAUUCCAUCAACGUGACCUAUACCCAAGGCAACAUAACUAAGGGUGAACUGUUGGCCGCUAUCCCGUUCAAGAACGAGCUCGUGACAACCGUGCUGAAAGGUUCGGUAAUCUUGGAAGCGUUGGAACACACGGUAGAGAACUACGCUAAUAAUUUCAUAACCGCUCAGUUCCUUCAAGUGUCCGGAUUGAGAGUGGUGUACAAUUUGGGCAAAGAAAGUGGUCAUCGAGUGGCGUCGGUGAAGGUUCGUUGUGCCAAUUGCUCUGUACCGAUUUAUGAAGAUUUGAAUGUCGAUGAGGAUUACUCGGUUUUGUUGACAGAUUUUAUUUUGAAAGGAGGGGAUGGCUUCAGUAUGAUUAGGGAUAAUAGUAAGAAUAUUAUCGAACAUGGAGUGACUAUGUUCGAUUUAUUGGUUUGGUAUUUCUCUUUGCACAAUCCGGUUUAUCCAGAAGUACAGGGAAGAAUAAAAUUCAUCAAUAUUCCUAACUCGUCUAUAAAUUUACGGUUAUCCUUCUGGGUAUUCUCAUUGCCAUUUUUGGCAUUGAUAUUUAGGUCGAACUGAAAGUAACUGCAUAGAAUAAUAUCUCUCAGGAAUAAACACUGCAGUUAUUAAUUAUUUAGAUAAUUAAAGAAUCCGAUGGUUCGUUCAUAUUGAUUGAAUGACAAACAGACAAUAUAUUCAUAAUGUUUACGAGGGUAUCAUUGGGAUAAUUCGAUGUACAUUCAUGAAAAAAAUUUCGUUAAUCAGAGCCGUCAUUCAAUCAAACUGAACUAUGCUCUGAGUUGGGUUCAAAAAUUAUACAAUUGUCCUGUCAUAAAGGACAUAAUGUUUUGACUUUUUAGUGGAAAUACUUAACAGUUAAACAAUUAAAUUAUAGAAUAGGUGAUUAAUUCUUACUGAUAAUAGAUAAACAUAAUGCGUUUUCUUAUGGAUAUUGAACAAUGCCAUAUCUUGUAGUUCAAAAAGACUAAGUGAAAAGUGAUAUCAUUAGGUAAUCCAAUUAUUUUCAAAACACUUGGAUAAUACUAUUGUAUAAUUUUUUAUUCGAUUAAGGAAAUUAUUCGAACAACAUUUCGCGAUAAUAUGUAUAAAUUCAUUGACUAAUGUAAUAAGUAAUUCGAUUGAUCGAUCUAAUCAUAACAAAUCAAUCGAUAUUUAUUUUCAAACUUCGUUGCAAUAAAUAAUAUAGGUAUUCGAACAAUAUAAUGUUUAUGUAGCUAAAUUCACUGUCAGAAAAUAAAGAAUAUGUACUCAAUAAAUAGGUGAUUAAUUCAUAGUGUACAAAUCUAAAUUACAUUAUGUUCAUUAUGA